AUGACGGCAGCCCGACGAGCUCUCGCGGCCCCUCCCACGGCGCCGGCGCUGCGACGGCUGCUGCUGCCGCUGCGACGGCCGGCGCGCCAGGCCCUCGUCGGCAUCGUCGCCCCGGCCGCGGCGACGACGCGCACCUUUGCGAGCCCCCGGGCCGCCUCGCCGCCGGCGCUGCCCCGUCGCUGGUACUCGCUCGGCAGCAGUGGCGCAGACGGCGCGGAGAAUGACAGCCCCAGCGGCAGCCGCAUCUGGACGUUUGACGAGGUGAAGCGGCAGGUCGAGGUGAAUUCACGCGGGCCUCCGUCAAAAGGGCAGCAAAAGGUCGUCUUCAUCGACGUCCGCGAAUACAACGAGCUGGCCGCCACGGGCAAGAUCCCCGGCGCCGUCAACAUGCCCCUCAUGACGGCGGCCCAGGUCGUUGAGCAGCCGGGCAACGAGGAGCUCGCGCGCCAGCACAGCCUCCAGCCGCGGCCGCAGCCGCGCGACGCCCACCUCGUCUUCUACUGCCGCGCCGGCGUGCGCGCCCGCACCGCCGCCCAGCUCGCCGGCCGCGCCGGCUGGCCCAGCGUCGGCGAGUACCCGGGCAGCUGGCUCGAGUGGGAGGAGCGCGCCGGGCCCGUCGAGAGGGUGCCGCCGGAGCCUGAAGAGGCGGCGCCCGAGAAAAGGCUGGAAAGAAACAGGGAGCGCGGGGCUUGA